UGUAGUCAAGAUGGCUUCCGCGGAACAGGUCGGUCUGAACAAAUCAUGGGAAUUAUCGUUAUACGAGCUUCACCGGACUCCUCAAGAUGCAAUUACCGACAAUACCGAAAUCGCGGUUAGUCCGCGGAGUUUGCACAGUGAGCUCAUGUGUCCCAUUUGCUUGGACAUGCUUAAAAAGACCAUGACUACGAAGGAGUGUCUGCAUCGCUUCUGUUCCGAUUGUAUCAUUACGGCACUUCGAAGCGGUAAUAAGGAAUGCCCAACGUGUAGAAAGAAAUUGGUAUCUAAGAGAUCCCUCAGACCGGAUCCCAAUUUUGACUUAUUGAUAUCUAAGAUAUAUCCAAGUCGUGAUGAGUACGAGGCGCAUCAAGAGAGGGUUCUGGCAAAAUUGAAUAAAUCGCAUUCCCAGGCUGCGCUAGUAAAUUCUAUUACAGAGGGAAUUAAGUUACAAAGCCAGAAUCGUCCUCAACGGUCUAGGAAAACUGCUAACGAGUCCGAAAAUGCGAGCAACGCGACGCCUUACACCAAUUCUCAGAACGCUAGUGCGCCAGCUACACCAAAUGCUGCUAAUUCAGCGAAUCAAAGUGACUCUUCACAGAGCGCGACCGGACCUCUAAAUAAUAGUAAUGGGGGUAAUUCCCAAAAUUCCAAUAAUGUCUCCCAACCUUCCAGUAGCCCAGCCGUUUCUGGUAACAUCAUUAAACAAGAGAGUAGUUCAGCAACUAUAUCCAACGUGAGUGAAAUUGAUCGUUUGUAUGCUUCAGGCACAACAUCCAGAAACUCUACUACGCCAUCGCCAAAUCCAGCAAAUCAGAUCCCUAAACCACCUAAACGGCAGAAAAGUUUACAGAAUUCAGAGAAUGACUCGUCCAGUGCUGAAGCCGAGACCGGCGGUGGUGAUUCCAUGGUAGAUACGGAAGGCGAGGGUCCUAGCGAGCCGUUAAUGCUCAACGAAAUCGAACUUGUUUUCAAACCACAUCCCACGGAAAUGGCUGGUGACAAUUCGUUGAUAAAGGCGUUGAAAGAAAAUAGCAUUAGAUAUAUUAAAACCACGGCAAACGCGACAGUGGACCAUUUAAGUAAAUACUUGGCUAUGAGGUUAACGUUGGAUCUGGAUACAGAAUUGUCGGAAUCGGAUAGGCUAUUAAAUUUCUGUAUCUAUAUAGCACCUUCGCCGGGUCAGUUGGUGGUGCUCAGCGGAUCUCAAACGUUGAGACAGGUCAACGAUAAAUUCUGGCGCGUCAAUCGACCAUUGGAAAUGUAUUAUUCAUGGAAGAAGACCUAGGGAAGGCCUAGGAAGUAUCAAUCCGACGGGAGCUAGUCGCACGGGGCUCCGAAAUUUAUAAACAAUUCGUACUACGUGGAGUACAGAGCAACGAUUGCACUCUUUAUAUCAGAAACGAUCGAUAUAUUUUAUUGUACUUCAAUAGCCUUGAUAUUAGUUUCAAGGUCGGGGAGAUGUACGCGGAAGGAAUUCCUCGUACUUAUCGACGGCGGUGCAAUUUCUUUUUUUUUUUUAUCCUCGCGACAGGUUGCUGGAAUUUCCUCGCUCGGGAAAAAACAAUAGAAGCGGAUAGAUUUUUAAUUAAAGCUUCGUAGAGCAAUUGAUUCCAAAGGAACAGAGUUUAGUCUCGAAUACAAGUUAAACUGCCAUUCACCAGACAUUGCAUUAUGAAUGGAUCGAUGGUAUCCAUUCGGGGAAAUGUAUUGACGAACAGUGAUUCACUCGCAUGUAUAUCAAACUAUGCCCUCAUUUGACAGGCGUAAUUUAAUCCGGUGCGUUCGUGAAAUACAUAUACGCACGUAUAUGUUUUCACGAACUGAUGGCCUCGAUGGUUGAACUAACUUAUUUGAAUAAGCUCCGAUUCGCUGUGGACCAUUCUGUAUAGUUUCACGAAGAAAUAAAUCAAUGUAUAUAAUUAUUCGCC